AUGAGUAUGGAUAUGAUGAGCGGCGCCGGCCCGGCAGAGGUCGACUUCACCAAAAUGUCAAUAGAGGAACGACUCGCGUCCAAACUAUGGAAAGCGCGCGUGUCUGCAUAUGAAGACCUCUCCAAAGCCUUCGCCAAGACCUCGUCCGAGAACGACCCCAUCUUCCGCCAAUAUACCCGCAACCCCGACGUCUUGAAAUCCAUCAUCGUUGAUACCAACGCCGUUGCACAGGAAAAGGGUGUCGAUGCUGUGCGUGCCUUUGUCGAGUUUGGCGGUCAACCAGCCGGCAAGACAAGAGAAUUUGUCGUACCUGCCCUCAUCGAAAAGUGUCUCGGCUCUAUGCGUGCGGGCACCAAAAAGAAUGCGCUCGAGCUCAUCUCAUUUUACGCAGAGAUGGAGGAUGUCGUCGGAUGCGAACCACUGCUCACGGACCUCAUUGAUGGCCUCAAAGCCAAACAGCCCAAAGUCGUGGCCGGCUGCAUCACCGCAAUCAAGGACCUCGUUCGCGACUUUGGUCAAAAGCAAGUCUCGCCCAAACCCAUCCUCAAGCGCCUGCCAGAUAUGUUCGCGCACUCGGACAAGAACGUUCGUGCAGAGGCUUCCCUCUUGGCUCACGAGCUCCACAGAUACAUUGGCGCUGCUCUCGAACCUACCAUCGACUCUCUUAAAGACAUCCAGGCCAAAGAGCUCCGCCAGCAGUUCGCCGACAUUGACGCAGCAUCCCCAUCCAAACCUGUCCCCACACGCUUCCUACUCAGUCAGCGCGAAAAGUUGCAGGCUGCCGCAGCACCUGUCCCCGAGGCAGGCGCAGAUACUGCUGCCGAUCCACAAGCCGCUGGUGGUUCGUUGGCGAACGCGCAACCAGAAGAAGACGACAUGGAUCCAUACGACCUCGCAGAGCCGGUCAAUGUGUUCGGCAGCCGCGAGUUUCCCGCCGACUUCGAAGAGAUGAUCGUCUCCAAAAAAUGGCAGGAGCGUAAAGAGACGCUCGAGACCAUCCUCAAGAUCCUCACCUCGUCACCUAAGAUCCAACCCGACAGUCGGUUCGACAGCCUUGUCGACCAUCUUGCGCUCAAGAUCCAGAAGGACGCCAAUAUCAACGUUGUCCUCGUCUCUUGCCAGUGUCUCGAAGCCAUGGCCAAAGGACUCAGAGAUAACUUUUCCCGCUACAAGGACAAGGUCGUUCCGCCUAUCGUCGAAAAGCUCAAGGAGAAGAAGCCCACCACGGUCGAGGUGCUUGCCAGGGCGCUGGACGCCAUCUUCCAGACCGUCUCCUUUUCUGACAUGCUCGAGCACAUCUUCACUGGCAUUAAGCACAAGAAUCCUGCCGUCAAGACUGAGUCAAUUCGCUUCCUCGUCCGCUGCCUCCGAACAACGAGGGUGGCCCCGGCCAAAGCUGACAUCAAACCUAUCGGUGAUGCCCUUGUCACUGCGAUGGCAGAUGGUUCCCCCGACGUGCGUGACGCCGGUGCAGCAGGUCUUGGUACUUUGAUGAAGCUCAUUGGCGAGCGACCCAUGAACAUCUUCCUCGACGGUCUCGACGACAUCAAGAAGGGCAAGAUUCAGGACGAGUAUAAGACAGCAGAAGUUAGAGUUAAGAUGGGGUCAGCUGCAGGUGCAGGUGCAGGCGCUUCGUCGGCGAGCGCUCCAGCAAGAAGACCCCCCGCCGCCGCUUCCGCCGCCGUCAACCGGGCAGCGCCGUCAGCUGCGGCUCGUGCCAAGCCAGCGCCCACUGCACCUGCAGCCGCGGAGGGCAAGGAGAACCAAGCACCAAGACCUACCACACGCCCACCAGUAGGAACGGCAGCUCGAUCGGCCGUCGCACGACCAACUGCCGCAUCUGCAGCUUCUUCGAGCGCACCCGCAAGGAGACCAGCGCCAACAGCCUCGUCGGCUGCUCGUCCUGCGGUAGCCGCAACUGGUGGCAGCAAGGGAGCUGCUUCGGCGACAGAACCAGUCAAGUACCGUUUCCAUCCCGAUGAUGCCGAAGCACGCGCAGCAGACUUGAUCCCCGCCGGCAUUGCUACGCAGCUGGCCAGCGGUGCAUGGAAGGAGCGUCUCGCUGGCAUGACCGAGUUCAACGAUUGGCUCAAAGUCGAGGCCGAGACCGUCGAAUCCGAGAUCAUCGUCCGUGCCCUAGGCAAGAAACCGGGCUGGAAGGAGAGCAACUUUCAAGUAAUGGCCGAGGUCUACAAGGCGCUCCAAUUGCUUGCCGUCGACUGCCCCACUUUCGGUCGCCCCUCGGUGGCUCUCUCGGUACAGCCCCUCUGUGACAAGCUCGGCGACAUCAAGCUCAAGACACCUGCCGGCGAGACUCUCGUCACUUUUGCAGAAAAGACGUCGUUCGGCUUCCUUCUCGCGCAAGCCCUAGGACCUCUUGGCUCGUUGAAAGCACCAAAGGCGAUUGCCGACUCUAUUUUGUGGGUUGACCAGACGCUGCUUGAGUUUGGUACGACCGGCGUCGAUGUGCGCUCCUUGAUCGACUACCUCGUCACCUGCCUCAAGUCGGCCAACGCUGCUGUGCGAACCAACGCCACGAAGGCCAUCGGCACGCUCGCCCGCUUCCUUGGCACAGCGCUCAACUCGUUCGUCGCCGACCUCAAUCCGCAGCUCCGCACCACCAUUGAAGCAGAGAUCGAAAAGGCAGCCUCCAAUCCACCUCCGGCGCCUGUUCGCUUUAGCGAGGAGACCAAAGCACUGGCGGGCAAGGCAGCUGCUGCGGGAGGCGCGGCUUCAGAACCUGCAGCGCAGGACAACGGCGUCGAUGAGGACAUGCUCGACGAACUGGUCCCACGCGUAGACCUCGACCGUCUGUUGCCCGCGACUGCCAUCGCACGCAUGGGCGACGCUAACUGGAAGGAACGCAAGGAAGGCCUCGAGGAAGUGCUCGCCGUCGUCAACGCCAACAGCCGCCUCAAAGGAAACAUGGCCGAGCUCGCCAAUGCGCUCAAGGUGCGAUGCUCCGAUAGCAAUAUCAUGUGCAAGUCGAUGGCUCUCGACGCGAUUGCCAAGAUUGCCAACGCCAUGAACAAGCACUUUGAGCCGCAGGCGCGCAUUCUCGCUGGUACCAUCACCCAAGUGCUCGCCGACGCCAAGGCACCCGUCCGCGCUUCUGCAACGACAGCCCUGACAGCCAUCGCCGAGCAGGUGGGUGCGGGUCCUUUGCUGCCCGGCAUCGCCACUGUCGUCGAGGGCAAAGGGGCCAACCCUAUGCUCAAACAGGAGCUGUUUGGCUGGCUCGCUAACUGGUUCGAGUCGCACCCUCCGGAAAAAGGCAUGGACUUGGCACCACUUGCCUUACCAUGUGUGCAGUGCCUUGAUGACAAGCUUGCGGCGGUACGCAAGGCUUCACAGGCAUGCUUGCCAUUCAUCAUCAUGCGAGCUGGCUACAAGCACGUCCUGGAACAGGCAAAUCAGCUCAAGACCGCAUCCAAGAACACGGCCAUACCGCUCAUCGACGCUGCCAAGGCGCAGGCGCAGGCUGCUGCUCGUGCCUCUGGUCCCGCCGCGACAGCUGCUCCACCCGCUGCUGCUACCUCAGCGCCUGCGCACGCUGCUCGUGCGAUGGCGGCAGGUGCGAGAGGUGCUGUGUCUUCGCCCGCAAGAGCUGCUGGAGCUGGCUUGGCUGCUGCACCGUCGGCAUCUUCUCCGCGCUCAUCGACCAUCGCCCGUCCCGGAGGCAUGAAGCCACCCUCGGCAGUGGGUCGAUCGCUCAAGGCACCGUCCUCGACCAUCGCGCGCCAGUCUCGUCUGGCUUCCGACGGCACUGAUGCAGCACCCUCUUCCCGUAACGCAUCUGCGUCCGUAAAUGGUGCAGCGGGUCAAGGUGCAGGCGCAGCUAUGGACCGUUCCGCGCCAUUGAUCUCGGGCGACAUCAAGGCCAAGGCAAUGCGCGAAAAGCGCGAAGGCAAAGCUUUCAACUGGAUCGGUGCCGAUGGUGCACCCCGACCUGAGCUUGUUGAGGUGCUCCGUCAACAGUGUGAUGGUCAGCUCAGCCGCGGCGUGACUGACUCGAUGUUUAGCAAGAGUCACUCGUCGGAGAAGGACUUCUACGCUGCCUUGACGCUGCUGUCCGACUUCAUCUCGAGCCCGACGUUUGCAGAGGAGCAGUACGGACUGUCACCAGAGGAGACCAUCGAGCGAACACUGGCCAAUUCGGAUCUAAUCUUCAAGUACGUUUCGAUCCGACUCACCGAUAACAACACGAGCCUAUCACUCAAGUGCCUCGAUAUCCUUGAGCACCUCGUGGCGCUGCUUAGCACGCAGCAAUUCCACAUGAGCGACUACGAAGCGGCGUGCAUUCUGCCCUGCCUCACGGCCAAGUUUGGCGAUGCAAAGGUGGCUUUCCGUGACCGUAUCCGCGAGAUCUUCCGCAAGAUGACGUUCAUCUACCCGCCAAGUAAGCUGCUCACGAGCUACCUCGAGAAUGGUUUGCCGUCCAAAAAUGCUAGGGUGCGCACCGAGUGUCUUAGCGAAGUUGGCUACCUGUUUUCGAAGAACGGCUUGCAGGUUUGCUCCCCCUCGCGAACGCUGCCGGUCAUUGCCAAGCAGAUCAGCGAUCGAGAUGCGAAUGUACGCACUGCGGCUCUUUCGGCGAUUGGGGAGGCGUACAAGAUCAUUGGCGACGAGGUCUACAAGCUGGUCGGCGCGUUGCCUGGCAAGGAAAUGUCAAUGCUGGAAGAGAGGCUGAAGCGAACGACGGCACCCACAGCGUCGGCCGCAUCAGCUGCGAAGCCAGCAGGUCUACCUGCGAGUGCCAUUGGACGUGGCGGCCCACGCGCCUCUGUGGUACCACCUUCAGCAGCAGGCUCCUCGUCUCCUGGUCGCCUCUCUGCUGGCGCACCUUCGUCGCGUCUUGCACGACCAGGCUCCUCCUUGCAGCAGCCAGCUCCUUCAGCUGGUGUAAGAAGCCGUCUGCCUGCGCCUGGGGCUACUCGCCGGGAAUCCGCGAUGGGUCUUCCGCGAGCCACGAGAUCGUCCACUGGCGUUGCCUCGCCUCGAACGUCUAUGUUACGAGCGCCAGGUGAGGCUGCACCUCCUGCUGCACGUCCAACGAGCGUCGCAGCGCCGCAACACGACGAACUGCUGGGCGACGAAUUGCCUGAAGAGGACGACGACGAGCUGUCUGUUGACCAAGCGAUCAACCUGGUGGUCAGCAACAAUGUGGAGCAGAGCGUGCUCGCGCUCAAACACGUUGAGGCCUUCAUCCGCGAAGAAGAACCUCAGCUGAUCCUGCAUGUCGAUCAGCUCGCGAUUGUGCUGAGCAAGCAGAUGCAGCGUGCCUUUUCGCCAGAGACGGGCGAGUUUGGCAACGAGCGCCUGAAGAAGCACCUGCUCGUGGUGAGCACGUCGUUGUUCGACAAGAACCGCGUGUGGGAAGACGCACGCACGCUGGGCUCAUACCUGUCCCGCUCGGCGCUGAUCCCGCUUCUGACGGUGCUGUUGCAGCAGCUGAUCCAGUCGACGUCGCGCGUUGACGACGCGACGGCGCAGAACGAGUCCAAGUUCCUCAACGUGAUCGUGCUGCGCUGCUUUUCGGCGUGCAACCUUAACCUGCUGUACGGCGCGUGCCUGCAGAUGCUCACCGAAGCUACCGAAGAUCUGCGCGAGCUGGAAGGGGAGGUGCUCGAGACGCGAUCCAAGUUCUCGGAGCUGUUGGUCAAGUGCUUGUGGAAGAUUGCCAAGCGUCUCGAAGACAGUUUGGCGCAGCACCAGGUGGAGCCGCAGCAGCUGUUUGCCGAUGUCGAGAGCUUCCUCCAAGCCAUCGCGCCAUCCGAGUGGCGACAACGCGCUCAGGACGGUGUGCCUCUCGCGGAUUUGCCGCUGCGAACGGUCAAGAUCAUCCUGUCACACACUUCGAACCACUUUGGAGAAGAAGCGUUGGGCAUGCUGGACAUGAUCCCGCAGCCCGAGAACAGCUACGUGUACAAGUAUCUGAUCCGGAUGCUCAACAUUGCAGCCGAGGGUGGGGCUGGUGCAGACAAGGCAGCGGUGGCGGAUGUCGAUGCAGAUGCAGUUGCAGGUAGAUCCGCUGCCAAAGCGAGAUCUGGCAACGGCGCUGCUGGCAAUGGAGCUGGUCAUCAGCGAAACGGCAGCCAGAACGGCAGUACCGCGGCCGACGACGCCAGCAGCUCGCACCACGCCGAGCUGAGGGACAUUUUCCAACGCAUCUCGAACAAGUCCGAGUCGCGACAGGGUAUUCGAGAGCUGUACGAGUUCCAGAAACGCAACCCGCAUCUGGAGAAGCAUGUCGAGAACUCGCUGCAAAAGACGGGGCCCAUCUUCCAGCGAUUCAUCAAGCGUGCGCUCGCCAACCACGCUGCGGAGGAUCCGGAUGUGGUCGACGCUACGGACGCCGCGUCUGCUCCUUCCGCACCUAGUGCUACACACGGUGUGGAGGGAAUCAGGCGCGCCAGCACGCCUUCUGCGGGCAGCGUCAAUGGUAGCGCUGCGCCGGGCACACCUCGGUCCGCGCGGUUCUCGGCAUCGACUGGUGCUGCCGGUGCAGGUGAUGGGUCGAUGGGCAGCCCGACCACUUCGUCGGCGACUCAGUCGCCCAGGGGUUCGUCGAUCAGAAGCUCAGCGACCGACGAUCGGUUGGCACAGUUGAGGGCCAAAUUCUCAUCUUAG